GAGGGACUGUGUGACUGCUUGCUGGAAUACAUUACACAUAAAGUCACAGAUAAGAUGGGUGCGUGUGUGUGAGGGGGCAGGAUGCUGACGCAGAGGUCCAGACAGAGGCCUCCCCCGCUGGAGCGGCUGGAGUCGGUCAUGAGCCAGUUCUCGGACAGCCUGGACCAGUAUGACCUGCCGGACGACACCGACGAGCUGGACCUUGGCUGCCAUGCCGACCACUGCGAUGGAAAACAGAUGGAGUCCGGGAGCAUUCCUUUUCCUACCAUAUACAACUUCCUCCCCUUCAAGUCCAUGGACAGCGCUGUGUUUGUGGAGGAGAUGCAUGUGUUAGUGCAAGUGACGGAAGUGGAGCGCUUCACCUGCACAAGGGUGUUGAACCCUAACCUGUACACCAUUGAGCUGAGCCAUGGAGAGUUCACCUGGAAGAUCAAGCGGCGCUUCAAACACUUCCAGGCCCUCCAUCAGGAGCUGCUCAAGUUCAGGGCCCUGCUCAAGAUCCCUCUGCCAAGCCGCAUACACUCGGUGAAACGGAGAUCGUUCAAAGGCCACAAGCGCUUCCAGGGAGGCCAUAUUCCCACGCUGCCUCGGAGGCCCGAUGCCCUGGUCAAGGAGGAGCAGCUCGUCAGCAGGAAGAUGCAGCUAGAGGACUAUCUGAGGAACAUAUUGAAGAGGUCUUUGUAUCGGAAUCAUCCAGCAACACUUGAAUUCCUGGAAGUGAGUCAGAUCUCAUUUAUCCAGGACCUGGGACCAAAGGGAAUCGAAGGCCUGAUAUUGAAGAAGUCCGGGGGCAAUACGUUUCCUGUGUGUUACUGGUGUGGCUCCAACAGCGUAUGUUAUCGCUGGUCCAAAAGAUGGCUGGUGGUGAAAGACUCUUUUCUGCUCUACAUGAGGCCUGAGGACGGCCAGGUGGGGACCGUGAUCCUCUACGAUAAGGGCUUCCACAUCAAAAUCGGCACCCGCGAGACCGGAGUCAGGCACGGGGUAACCAUCGAGAACCUCUGCAGGGCGCUCACCAUCAAGUGCUCCACGUACAGGCAGGCCCGUUGGUGGGGUCACUCCAUCGACGAGUUUGCGCAGAGGUACGGGCAGGACUUCCUCAGGGAGAACCGACACGGUUCCUUCGCCCCUGUCAGAGAGAACACCACGACUCAGUGGUUCGUCAAUGCCGCUGGUUACUUUGACGCCAUCGCAGAUGCCCUAGAAGGUGCCAAAGAGGAGAUCUUCAUCACAGCCUGGUGGUUGAGUCCAGAAAUCUUCCUGAAGAGGCCUGUUGUGGACGGCAACUCCUGGAGAUUAGACUGUGUCUUAAAACGCAAAGCGGAACAAGGCGUGAACAUCUGCGUUCUCCUCUACAAAGAGGUGGAGGUCAUCCUGGGCCUAAACAGCGACUACACCAAGAGGACCCUGACUGGCCUUCACUCCAACAUCAGGGUCAUCCGGCACCCGGACCACGUGCCCUCGGCGGCCUUGCUGUGGGCCCACCACGAGAAGACGGUGGUGGUGGACCAGUCGCUGGCCUUCCUCGGGGGCAUCGACCUGGCCUACGGCCGCUGGGACGACUCCCAGCACCGGCUCACCGACGUGGGCAGCGUGCGGAGGAGCCCCCAGCCCAGCCCUGCCCUCUCGCCCACCCACACCAACACCAACCGGCUCUCCACAGGGACACUCGGGGACCGGGACGAGGAGCUGAGGGACGGCCUGGUGCUGGUGGGGGGAGCGGUGCCCGACACGUGGACAGGAGAGCCAGGAGCGGAGCAGGAGUCCGGUGGAGAGGGCAGCACUGGGGCAGGAGCAGGAGGCGCUGUAGGAGCAGGAGGUGCUGUAGGAGCAGGAGGUGGAGCAGGAGGAGGUGCAGGAGUUUGGGUGGAGGAGUUGAGUUUGAGGGUGCCCAGUCGCCUCCAGAGGUUCCCCUCAGAGGAGCACAGCAGCAGGAGCGGCCCGGAGGGAGCAGAGAGCAAGGCGGUGAGUGUGCGGGCUGGCGUGAUGUGCAGGCCGGUGCCUCCCAGAGACUGGUACAGUAAGAGUCUGUCUCUGCGCUCCAGCGAGUCCGGCUCCCUGGGCCUGGGUCUGCCCCACUCCCUCCCCCUGCCACAUGAGACCAGCUCAAUGAGAAGCUAUAUCAGCAAUAAUGAGCUUUUCGGGGAGACCAGAUUCUGGCAUGGCAAAGACUACUGCAACUUCAUCCUCAAAGACUGGGUCAAGCUCAAUAAGCCAUUUGAUGACUUCAUUGACAGGUACAAAACACCGCGAAUGCCGUGGCAUGAUAUUGGAGUCGCGGUGCAUGGAAAGGCGGCGAGAGACAUCGCCAGACAUUUCAUCCAGAGAUGGAAUUUCACCAAGUUGGUGAAGAAGCGGUCAGGGGCCACCUGCUACCCGUGUCUGAUGCCCAAGUCCCUGUCCGCCCCCAUGGAGCCGCCCCCCUACAGAGGCCGACACACACGGGCCAGCGUGCAGGUACUGAGGUCAGUGUGCCAGUGGUCCAUCGGCACCAAGGUGCACGAAGAGUCCAUUCACCUGGCCUACAUCUCAGCCAUACAGAACAGCAAGCACUUCAUCUACAUCGAGAACCAGUUCUUCAUCAGCUGUGCCGACAAAAGCAUCCACAACAGCAUUGGAGACGCCCUCACGGAGAGAAUCCUCCGAGCAUACAGGGAGAAGAGGAGGUUCAGGGUGUACGUGGUGAUGCCGCUGCUGCCAGGCUUCGAGGGAGACAUCUCAUCAGGGGGGGGCCAGGCCAUCAAGGCAAUCAUGUACUUUAAUUACAGGACUAUGUGUCGCGGUGAGCACUCCAUCAUGGAGAGACUCAAACGUGUGAUGUCUGACUGCUGGAUCAACUAUAUCUCCUUCUGUGGUCUUCGCACCCACGCUGACCUGGACGGCAGGCUGGUCACUGAGCUAAUCUACGUGCACAGCAAGCUCAUGAUUGUGGACGACUGCACUGUCAUCAUAGGCUCGGCCAACAUCAAUGACCGCAGCAUGCUGGGGAAGCGGGACAGUGAGAUGGCCAUAGUGGUGGAGGACUCGGAGUUCCAGCCCUCCGUCAUGGAUGGAGAGACAUUCCAGGCGGGCAAGUUGGCUCUGUCCCUGCGAGAGGAGUGCUUCAGGCUGGUGCUAGGGUUGCUGGGGGACUACAGUGUGGAUAUCAGUGAUCCAGUCUGUGAGAGGUUCUAUAAAGAGAUAUGGAUGGUGACGGCAGCCAAGAAUGCCAGUGUGUAUGACAAGGUGUUCCGGUGCCUGCCCACAGAUGCAGUGCUGAACUACAGGAUCUUGAGGGAGUACAUGUCCCGGCCCUGCCUGGCCCACGAGGACCCAUCGCUGGCCUGCGACGAGCUUCGCAAGGUCCGCGGCUUCCUGGUGCAGUUCCCCUUCUACUUCCUGUCUGAGGAGAACCUCUUCCCCUCCAUCAACUCCAAAGAGGGCAUGAUGCCCAUGGAGCUGUGGACAUAGCAUCAUGGGAAAUGUAGUCCUUUGAUGGGUUCAGUAAUGUUACGUUGCGCACUGCCAGGAGAA